GGCUAAUCUCUCAAGCUGCAUUUAAUACAGCUUUUUUCGAUUUUUUGCAAGCACUGGUAUCAUCUUGACCAAAGAAGAAACCAACAAUGUCCAGCUUCAGGAAAGUCCUUCUGCUCCUGGCUGUCAUAGCCUACAUCUCUAAAGCCCAACAAGUACAAGAACCAAGGCAGUGUCUGUGUCAACGUGUAAGUAAUGGAAUCGGCUCAAAGAGGGACAUAAAGGACAUCCAGAUCUACCCAGCAGACACCUUCUGUGACAAAGUGGAGAUUGUUGUCACCAUCAAAAGCGGCCUUCGCUACUGCCUGAACCCCAAGCUGAAGGCAGUGCAAAAACUCACGGCUUCCAUCAUGAAAACAAAAACCUCCACUACAACCAGACCAACUGAGAUC